AUGGCGGAUGCGUCGGGCAAUAAUAAUGUUGUUCCUGUUAUCGAUAUGUUGCAUUUUCCGGCGCAGCUACCGGAGUUGAUCAAGGCCUGUGAAGAAAACGGAUGCUUUAGGCUUGAGAAUUUUGACAGUAUUUUACCUGUUCAACUAAUGUCUCAAAUGAAAGCGGUGGUGACUGAACUUUUCGAGCUUCCAUUGGAGAUCAAAGAGCGUAAUGUGGAUGUAAUUGUGGGCAGUGGGUAUAAUAAACCGGGGAAAAUCAAUUCUAUUCAUGAGGGCUUUGGGCUCUAUGAUAUUGCCUCUUCUCAUGCUGUUGAUGCCUUUUGUAAUCAAUUGGAUGCAACUCCUCAGCAGAGGGAGACUAUUGAAAGUUAUGCUAAAGCAGUACAUGAACUUAUUACAGAUAUUGGGCAAAAAGUAGGACAAGGAUUGGGUCUCAAAAGCGUUCCAUUUGAAGCUUGGCCCUGCCAGUUUAGGAUUAACAAAUAUCCUUUCACUCAUGAAACAAUAGGUUCUGAUGGUCUAAAAACGCACACAGAUAAUGGUUUUUUUACUGUAGUACAGGACGACGAAAUUCUUAGUGGCCUUGAAGUUAUGGAAAAAUCCGGAAAAUUCGUGGCAAUUGAUCCUUGUCCAGGCACCCUUCUUGUUACUCUUGGGGACAUUGCCACAGCGUGGAGCAACGGAAGAUUCUACAAUGUGAAGCAUCGAGUAGUAUGCAAGGAAGAAGGAAUAAGGAUCUCAAUUGCAACAUUUCUCUUAGGACCGAGGGAUACAAUGGUAGAAACUCCACUCGAGUUGGUGGAUUCUGAACAUCCUUGUCUUUAUGUUCCUUUCAAGGCAGAAAAUGGGGUUCUUUGGAUUGGAAUUCGAAGUGCCAAGAGCGGUGUUGGCUUUGGCGGGCAUGAGACCCCAUCUGGGUUGAACUCUAGUGGUGCUAGAAAUUUAGGGGGAUUUUCAGCCUUUCUGAAGGAAGAUGAAAACAAGCUGAUGAAUAGAGGUGGUAAUAAUGAGAAUCUAAUGGAGAGGGGGAGAGUCAAGCCUGAAUCGAUUUUCAAUGCCACACUACUUGCUGCCAGUGGCCAACCUUUUGUUUAUGGGAACUAUAGCUUCUGUUCAUGUUGCUGA